UUUAGCCCCUGAAACGCCAUCGCUUUGGCCUUCCUAUGGAGACGUGCCUUGCUUGCUUGAUGCUUCUGCUGUUUCUCUCCCGUCCCGGUCUCGCAUCUCGUUUGCAAAAUUUGGGUCGAAAGUCGAAAAGCAACAUAGAGAGCGAAUCUAUUCUUUAAUCAUUAUGCGCCUACUAGGAGAGGAGACGAAUGGAUUGCGAAUUGAUUAAGGGGAGGAAGGAGACCAAAAAGAGAGGAUAAUUGUGAUUGCGGGGAAGGCAUUAUUAUGCUUAAUUAUAGGUGACGGUUGUUGAACAAAUCCUCUGUGUCGUCUCGUCUCGAGAGCCAAUAGGAUGCAACCAAAUGGAGAGCUGCCUUUUGGUUUUGGGGGUUUUUCCUUGGCAUUCUUCUGCCGGUGAGGGUGAGGUGUGACUCUUAACGGAAAUUAAGUAAACGGUGGGGACGACUGAACUGAUAGAAGGCGAUAGAGGACGAGAGCGAGAAUUUUGAGAUUUCAACGUCCCAUGGAGCGGCGGAGCUGAGCAGCGAGAGAGAGAGAGAGGGAACGAAGGAAUGGGUCUCAUCACUCAUAGAGUAGACAGAAGCGAAAUCCAGCCAGGAGAUCACAUCUACACUUACAGAGCCGUCUUCACUUACUCCCACCAUGGAAUUUAUGUUGGGGGAAGCAAAGUAGUCCACUUUACCCCCAAAAAGACGGCACAAUCUAGAGAUGCUUCUUCUUCUUCUUCUUCAAUUAUUACUACAGACUCGGUGCCAAGCAUUCCAUCAUCCUGCUGCGACAUCUUUCCGGACUGUGGAUUCAGGCAGCCAGGCAGUGGAGUUGUCUUAACAUGCCUUGACUGCUUCCUUGGCAAAGGAUCUCUCCACUUGUUCGAGUACUCUAUCCAAACUUCGCUGUUCCUCACCAAACUGAGAGGUGGCACUUGCUCCACAGCAGCUUCCGACCCACCACAAUCCGUCGUCCACCGAGCAAUGUACCUACUUCAGAAUGGAUUUGGCAAUUACGAUGUGUUUCGGAACAACUGCGAGGACUUUGCUCUCUACUGCAAGACGGGCUUGCUGAUAACGGACAGCCAAGGUGUUGGCAGGAGUGGUCAAGCUUCUUCGGUGAUUGGUGCUCCUUUAGCUGCUAUUCUCUCUUCGCCACUCAAGUUGCUGAUGCCAAGUCCGGUGGGCGUCGCCACAGUCACUGCUGGGAUGUACUGCAUGAGCAGAUAUGCUACUGAUAUCGGUGUGAGGAGCGAUGUGAUUAAAGUAGCUGUUGAAGACUUGGCUGUUAACCUGGGUUGGGGAGACGAGACCGUGGAAGCCGCCGAUGAUGCUUCUUCUCAGCUCACUGAUUACCAUGUCAUUCAAAGGAAAGAUUAAAAGACUUCGGUAAUUCAUGAUCCUGCAUAUACAUACAUAUGCAUUCUUUUGAAUUAGCAAGUUGUGAUCUCUAUAAAAAGCUUCCUUCUUUGAAGAAAACCCAUUGUCACCUUCUUGCGUCUGUCUGUCACAAGCAUUGGUGUUUGGUGAAGUAGGAAAGGGUCAAAUUAAAUUUCUGAUAUGGAACUUAUUAUUGUUCGUUCAACUAUAAGCGUAAGAUUUAUAUUUUAGCUGCUCUGUAUGUGCAUUUGGUUCGGAUCGGUUGCGUAGCGCAUUCCAUGAUUGGGAGCUCCUUCACCUUCAGCGUAUCCUAUAUUGUGCAG